AUGUCUUCCUACAACGUCGUUGUCUUCGGUGGUGAUCACUGUGGUCCCGAGGUUACUACCGAGGCUAUCAAGAUCCUCCGCGUCAUCGAGAAGAACCGUGAUGUCACCUUCAACCUGCAGGACCACCUGCUCGGCGGCGCGUCCAUCGACGCGACCGGCACCCCUCUGACGGACGAGGCCCUGACUGCUGCUAAGAACGCCGACGCCGUCCUCCUCGGUGCCAUCGGUGGCCCGCUCCCCCUCAAGGAGGAGAUCUGCCGCGGUGUCGACUUCAACAUCAUCCGCGAACUCACCGGCGGCAUCUACUUCGGCGAGCGCAAGGAAGAUGACGGCUCCGGUUACGCCAUGGACACUGAGCCCUACACCCGCGCCGAGAUCGAGCGUAUCAUCCGUCUCGCUGCGCACCUCGCUCUGCAGCACAACCCGCCCCUGCCCGUGUGGUCCCUGGACAAGGCUAAUGUCCUCGCUACCAGCCGUCUGUGGCGCAAGGUUGUUACGGAGAUUAUGGCGAAGGAGUUCCCUCAGGUUCAAAUCGGGCACCAUCUCAUUGACUCGGCUGCUAUGCUCAUGAUUAAGGACCCGCGCAAGCUGAAUGGUAUUGUUGUUACUAGCAACCUUUUCGGUGAUAUCAUCUCCGAUGAAGCUAGUGUUAUUCCUGGUUCGCUGGGUCUGUUGCCUAGUGCCAGUCUGAGCGGUAUUCCGGAUGGCAAGAGCCGUGUUAACGGUAUCUAUGAGCCUAUUCACGAUUUAGGUUCCGCUCCCGAUAUCGCUGGCCAGGGUAUUGUUAACCCCGUUGCUGCUAUUCUGUCCAUUGCUAUGAUGAUGCAGUACUCCUUCGGCAUGAUCGAUGAGGCCCGCAUCAUCGAGAAGGCUGUUAGCAACGUCAUUGAGGCUGGUGUGCGUACUGGCGACAUUGGCGGCAAGAACACCACUGUUGAGGUUGGUGAUGCCGUUGUUGCUGAGCUGGAGAAGCUGCUUAAGUAG